AUGGCCGACAAGUACAUCCUACGGGUGACAGCUGGUCCCAAGUACGACGCCGACUCGCAAGUUGAAGUACCCGUCAACAAGUCUCAGCCCAUCAAGAUCAGCACCGAUCUGGCCGACAUCGAGCUCAAUGUGAGGAUACAAAAUUACGCCGGCCUGCCGCGCCAGUCUCCUGAGACAUCAUCCUACUUUUCUACCGAGCCUCAUGCCACCAAUAAUGAUCAAUACAGCAUCGCCUUUCGCUUCACACCUAAGAAGCCCGCGGGCUCCUCGGAGGAGGGCAUCUCCGCAGCCGACCUACAGUUCGGCAACGACUUCGACCAUCCUAUCAGGGACCGCUUGCCUCCGGGCUUCAACACGGCCAUGAAUAUCGUCAAGUGGUGGAUUGAUCCUGGCUUAGAAGGCGAUGCGUACGCUGACACGCCGUACCUGUACGGCCCCGCUUUGAGCUCUUUCAACGUCAUGCACGUCGGAGAAGGAACUUACGACGAGCAGAAGGGCGGCUUGUGGUUCGAGGAAGGAGGCGACGAAGCCGGACUGGAGGUGAGAGAGAAGAUCGGUGCCCCGGCUACCUCCAAGGAGCGCAUGAAGUGGGCGCUCAGGAAAGACAGCAAGGAGCAGUGGAUGUUCGAGUAUGGAAAGACGUACGGUAUGGAUUUCUUCAACCCAUACCUCGACUUCUCCAACCUGGCGCUCCGUCUCCCGGGCUUCCAACUCGCCAUCAUGAAAUACUGGGACGGACAAGGACUGCGGGAGGAAGGGCCUAAGCGCUCACACCAGCUUAGAUACGUUCUUCGCAAUCGCUCCACGGGCGACGUCUACCUCGUUGUCUUGUUCACCAUACUUUACAAGACCGACGUCAACGAGGACGGAUCGCUCAAAACAGGUGCAGACGCGUCCAAGGUCGGCGAUCUGCCUCCGCCAUCCACAGUGCAGCAUGACUCUCAUGAUGAGACCAAAGCUCUAGAGGAGGCCAAGAAACAAUUGGGCCCUUCCGCGGCAGAGCAGACGAAUGCCGAUGAUGUUGACUGA